AUGAAACUGUACACAAUCAGCAGAUUUCUCUUUUUUGUCUUCGCCAUUAUUCAAGGUUCAUUCUUCUCGCGGUUUAUGGUUGCGCAUAGAAAUGAACACGGUUUCUACGGCCUUGCAGCGAUGUUUGCCAUACCGUUAUUGUUUUUGGCUGGAACUUUGUAUUGUGACGGACUGAAAGAUGGUUUGAGUGCUGUGUGGUUUCUUUAUUCCUGUAUACUUGUGAUCAUGAUUGCAAUAAUAUUUGGAGAGAUAGUGAUAAAAGACAACAAACUGAGGAACGAAGUCGAAGAGUCAAAAAGCCAACCCUGCAUCGAUGGAAAAAAUAACUAUACUUUCGAAAAUAUCUCCAACAGCAGUAUGUAUAACGCGUCUGUUAACCGAAGACACAGUGAUAAGAAUACUACUAAAAUCGAGAACUCGAAAAAGACGCAUCCUUUCUUCGAUUCAACCGUUCUGACGCUAACACUGUCUUUAACACCUGCACAAAUGUUACUUUUAUUAACCUCAGCCGCCGAUGAAUCCGAGAUAUCUCCAGAUAUAUACUUUACCACAACAAUGAAUCUUUUUGACGGUGUGGAAAUGCUAGAAGUACUACUUCAAGUUCCUCAUGACAAAAUACCAGAAGAAUUUGAAAUUGCUGUUGUGGUGGUCGUUUGUAUAUACUAUUUCGUGUCCUUCCUUGAAAUACACCAAAUUAAGUUUGUUCGGGAAGAAAAUAGUCCAGAUAGAGUGAAAAUGCGCAAGAAAACAGCGGCGGUUAACAUCGUUUUACAAGUUAUCUUGAAUGCAUGUUUCAUGGUCAUCCGUUUGGUGCUGUGGUUGAGAUUUCAUGUGAAUGCUGCUGUCUUUCUGAUAAAGAAUGUCAUUGCUCUAGCCAUUUUACUAGUUGCACUCUAUAAGACGUAUCGUACAAGAAAUGAGAACGAUCAAGAAACACAGCAAAAUAAUACAGAUAUGCAUGCCACUGGUCACACAAACACAGUCAUAUGA